ACAUUUUUCACAACAAAAUAUAAAUAAUAAUUUAUGUGAAUAAAAGAAAUCAUUUUCCAAGAAAACCCGAAACAUCUGUGCAUCUGUGUAGAUUUAAUAUCCUUAAUCUUUACAACGUACAAAAUAUACCCCCAAUUUCAAGAAUUAAUCCUUUUACAGUUGGUAACAACGUAGCGUCUCAACGGGCUGUUGGUGGUUUGAAACUUUAGACCAUGUACGAGUAUUUUUACAGAUUCUUCUGUUGCUAUUUAUUUAGUAGCCCUAUUUUUAUCUCCGUACAGAAAUCGGUGGAAAUAGCUACUGGUACCGUGUAAUGUGCAUAAGAAACUAACGGAUAGAUGUUUUCUCGUUUAUUUACUAUAAGGUUUUGUGCUUCACAGUUUUGUUGACAUCGCUUGUUUUUUUUGAUCGUCUAUCUCCUUUGUUAAAAGUCAUUACUGCGCGAUGAGAGCGCUAAAUAAAUAUGCUUGAGCAGAGAAAUGACAAAACGGAGAUUAUUAUUGCAGAUACAUCUUAAACAUUAUUUUAAAUUGUUAAAAGUCGAAUAAAAAGGAAAAAGGAACUAAAAAUGACAUCUCAUGUGAAAGAUUCUACAGAUGAUUCGCAGAACUUUAUAUUGCAACUUUCUAAAGAUUCUACUACCGAAGAUUCUACUAGUGAAGAUAUGCAGGAACUUACAGGAAAUAAUAGGAAGGAAAGAAAGAAUGACGUUAUUGUAAUCAGUGAUACAAGUUGCAGUGACAUAAGCUCAUCACCUAAACAUUUUGAGAAAUCAGAAUGGGUGUCUGGUCCAGUUUUUAAAAGUAAAAAUAAAAAGGUGAAAUACAAGAAAUUAUGUAUUUCAGACACUUCUUCAGAAGACAAUGAAGAAAAGAUUAAUUUACCGUGGAGAUUACCUGUUAGAUCUGAUGACAAGUCCUUAUAUAAAAAAGGUAUAAAUAAUGUACAAAAUCAUAAAGCAUUUUAUUCUUCUGACAAGACUACUACUACUAGUAGCGAUAUGAGCUAUGAUAAGAAUAUUAAAAAGCAGACAAGUAAAUCUGAUAUAAAAAAGUCUUGCAAAAAUAUUAUGUUAACACCUGUGAGGCGAGAAACUAGCCAAUCUGAUACAGUUGAGAUGCGCAACAUUAGAGGGACAAAUCGAGUAACCACACCGAGUAGCAGUGGCAGCUCUAAUGUGCAGAAUAGAUUAACUAAAUUUACUAUUUGUAAUACUCCGCAACAAAAUAAUGCAGGAAAAGUCAAACUCACAAAAGAGGAUACUCACAAAAUCUUCAAGAAUAUUAUUUCCACAAAAGUCGUGUAUGAUUCUCCUAGAAAGAAGGGAGAGACUAAUGUAAUAAUUAACGAGAGUACAGAUGUAGACGACGAUAUAAUGCAUCCAGCUAUAUUACCUAGACAUAAUAGGGAAGCAAAUUAUCGUAAUGAUAGUUUUGAUGUUAUCGAGACGAGUCUUAAGGACAAUAUUAUCCCUGAUUCACAACCCGACUCGCCAAAACUGUGCAAUCAAGUGAUUAUUGAUAGACCAAAAGAUGAGGUUUUUCACAGGCCAUUGUCUGAGAGGAAGAAAAGAGAAAUCGCACAGUGGCUUAUGACAAAUCAAUCUGACUCACAAAGUGACAGCUCUUGCAGUAACAUACCCGCGAGCACGAGAAACAGUAUAAAUUCGGGAAAUAGCACACUAGAGAGACUAGAAUUGGAUUAUGAAACUCCAAAUAACAGAGGAAAGAUCAACAAGGUACAUGCUAAUGAGGAGCAAACUAUAGUUACGUGCCACGAAGAGGAAAUUCCAGUGAUCUCGACGCGACAAACUAUUCUGGAUAGAUUCGUUGAAACAUCUAAAAAUAAUAAUAAUAAUCCUGAGUCUUGUACACCAGACAGACCAGUUGCUUUACCAAAAACAUACUCUGACAAAAAUAUCUCAUCACCAUCGGUGGCAAAUAGACUUGAGAGUGCAGACGUAAAGAACUGUGCGAAUAUAUUGGAUAAACUUUAUGGUAAAUCGUGGAGGAAUAAAGCUGAUGUAUUAUUACCAACAACUGAGCCACGGAAAAAACCCACCAAGACAAUAGUUAAAACUAUACAAACGGAACGGAAACCUGUAUUGAGGGACAAAAAUUGGGUAACAAAUUUAGGCGUGGCCGACUUAGUUAAAAAUAACAUCAGAUCGGACUCAAGAAAAAAGAUCCAACGAAAGCACAAGAAACAACAAGAUAGUUUCAUUAAUGACAAAUCAUUGUCGAGUGACAAUAACGAGAGUAUGUAUCAUACUGCCUUAACAAAUUUUAGAACUUCCACUGAUAACAUGACACCAAAACAAAGUUAUACCAAACCUGUGCCAGUGACGUCUUCAACUACACGAAUUUUUUCAAUAUGCGACACCGAUACGGAAGAUGAGAUAAACGACCAAUCCAGUAGUGAUUCCAAGAAGAAUUUCCGUCAAAGGAAAUUAUCAUUCAGUGAUGACGAUAGUUCUAGCACAAGUGAAUUUGAUCCUGGAGACUAUGUACCACCAAAACUCAUCCCUAAAAAAAAAACUAUAAACGUGCCACAGCCACCUAAAGUAGCAACGAAAUCUAAAUCAGUUACGGCGAGUAAAUUUUUGGGACACAAAAGCUUCUUGGCAUCCUUAUCGAUUACGGUUCCUAUGAAUAACGUCCACCCCGACGCAAGGAAAUAUAGAUUGGAUUACAAAAAUCUGAAAGAAGAGUUAUGCAAAAAAUUGCAUAAAUUGUACAAUGAAAAAGUGUUUGACAAUAAAUUGCCACAUGAUAUGCCGAUUGAAUGGAACGUUCGUAUGAGAGGUACUGCAGGAUAUUGUUACAACAAGAAGGUUGUGAGAAGUCUCACUGGUAUCGUUAGAUCCUCAAGGAUUGCACUAGCAACAAAGAUUUUAGAUACACCUGAUAGACUGAGGGAUACUUUGAUACAUGAGAUGUGUCAUGCUGCAGCUUGGUUAAUAAAUGAAGUGUCGGAUGGUCAUGGACCUUUCUGGACAGAAUGGGCUAAUAAAGCAAUGAGGACGUUCCCGGAACUGCCACCAAUUCGUCGUUGCCACGAUUAUGAAAUUAAGACUAAAUUUACAUACAAAUGCACAGGUUGUGGCUACAGCAUUGGAAGGCAUUCCAAGUCCUUGGAUAUUGAGAAGAAGCGGUGUGGUCAUUGCUACGGAAAGUUUGAAUUGUUAGUCAAUAAAACGACGAAAUCUGGAACUGUGCAAGUGCAAACUCCAAAAAGGGAGCCCUCUGGUUUUGCACUUUACGUAAAGCAAAAUUAUAACUCUGUGAAAAAGGAAAAAAAUAUAAAACAUGCAGAUGUGAUGAAGAUUUUAGGUCAGCAAUUUUCGGCAAUUAAGAUAGCAAAGAAAAAUAAUCCAGCUAUGGAAAAUGAUCCAGGGAUACCUGGUUAAAUGUUGUAUAUAUAUAUAUAUAAUUUUUUUUAGAAUCUUACUGUUAAGAAUGGCGUAUAAUUUUUAAUUCUAUAGCAUAUAGCAUUUUAGCAAACUUUAGAGCCACCAAUUGCACAUAUUCGGAUUCUAUCGAUUUUGUAUGUAUUUACAUUUAUUGUAAUUGCAUAAAUUUCUUAAAGAUAUAUGCAAUUACAAUAUAGAUGCGUAGAGUACCAGUAUAUUCUAGAAGAUAUAUUUUUUUUAUUAUUGCAGGCAUUCAAAUGUGAGAUUUAAUAUACACGUAACAUAGAGGUUAUUUAGAGACGCAUACAAGUUCUUAUAUGUAAUAAUAUUAAAUAUCAUGAUUAAGAUAUCUGUAGAAGAAUUUAUAACAAUAAAAUUUACCAAAAGUA